AUGGAUGAGUUACUGCGUUCAAGGUACAGCAAAAGUACAAGGGUCAUUAAGGCAACAUUUCCCAGAGCUAAUGAUGAUUCAACCUUGGUACCUCACAAGGAUACUCUUAAUCUCGUUUACGACUUGUACACCCCUACAGCAAAGAGUCAAGACCAUUGCAGAUCACACGUAAACUUGCUCUUUUUGCAUGGAAGUGGUAUGAGUAGAUGUGUGUGGGAAUACCAUGUGGCGCAUUUACAAGACUAUGAGUUAAACUGGAAUAUUCACAAGAUAGUGCUGGUGGAUCAAGCAACACAUGGUGAUUCCGCAAUGCUGAAUCAGGACAAGCUGGGGGUUAAUUUUGAUUGGUCCGAUGGUGCUAGAGAUGCCUGCAAAAUUGCAGAGGUUGAAUUUUCAGAUGGGGUUGCGGCUCAUAACGUUGUUAUUGGACAUUCAAUGGGUGGGUUUCAAGCUCUAUGUUGUGGAGUUUUAAUGCCAAAUUUGUUCCAGCUCCUCAUUACUAUCGAGCCCGUAGUAUUAAUGCAUAAUAUGAUUAAUGUACAUGAUAGAACUGUGUUGCCUACCAAGCUUUAUCAGGGUUUGAACUCCAAGAUCAGGGACUCUUUCAAGGAUGGAAAGGAGUAUGAAGAUUUUAUGCGGAAUGGCAGUUUUUUUAAAGCAGUCCACCCUGAAAUACUCCAAAGAAUGAUAGACUUUGAAAGAGUAAGUAUGUGCGAUGGAACUAUUAGAACAAAAAUAAAUCGGGAACAAAAUAUAAUGUGUUAUUUGACACUUUUUCCUACGUCCUAUUGGCUUCUGGAUUCGCUGAAAUAUAUCAAAGCACCUGUAGUUAGUAUAGUUGCUGAGCUUGCAAGAUGGAGCCCAAAAGAAAAUCAGGAGACGCUGAAGAGGCAGAUACCUAACUUUACACAAGAUGUAGUUCCAGGUGCAGAUCAUCUUGUUAACAUAGAAAAACCGCUCGAAACUCUGCGCCGAAUUAUAUGUCACAUUUCUAGGUAUGUUGCCAGCAAGAAGGUUCCAUCUAAUAGUGAUCUAAGUAAUGAUGAAAGGCGAGAAAAGUUCAACAUCCAAUUCUACAAAUUUCGCGCGGCGAGAGUUGAAGAUGGGCCAAUGGCAUUGGCUAAAUUUUAA